CGAGGGCGUCGCGCACGUCACCUCACGCGAUGUCCGCGAUGUCCGCGCUCGCGUCCUCCGCGCCACCGUGCGCCGCGAGGCGGCCGUCCAGCGCGACCGCGGCGACGUCGCGCGCGCCGCCGCCGCUCCGUCGCCAUCGCGACGGCCGCUCGUCGUCGUCGUCGUCGUCGUCGCUAUCCGCUCGCGCGAUCCCGACGCCGUCCACCUCCUCGUCGUCCGCGCCGACGACGUCCGCGAACGACGACGCGCGGACGCAGGCCGACUUCGACGCGCUGUGGACGUGGCUCGAGCGCGAGGGCGCGGACGUCGCGAGCGUCUCGCCCGCGCUCGUGGACGCGACGCCGGGAGGACGCGGCUGGGGCCUCGUCGCGACGCGAGACGUCGGCGGCGGCGACGCCGCGAUCGUCGUCCCGCGCGCGCUCUGGAUGACGAAAGAGACGGCGUUCGCGUCGAAGAUCGGUACCGCGCUCGAUCCGGAGACGACGCCGCCGUGGUGCGCGCUCGCGCUGCAGCUCCUGCACGAGAAAUCCCUCGGCGACGACUCGAGAUGGGCGGCGUACAUCAGAUGCCUCCCGCGCGUCGAAGCGUUGGACGCGCCUCUCUUCUGGUCCUCGGAAGAGCUCGCCGAGCUCGCGGGGACGCAGCUGCUCGCGAACGCGGCGGGGUACGACUCGUACGUCCGCGGGACGCACGCGGCGCUGAAGGAAACCACGUUCAAGGAGCACCCGGCGCUCUUCGGGGACGCCGGGGACGACGACGGCGGCGGCGCGUUUUCGGAGCGCGAAUUUUUGUGGGCGUUCGGCGUGCUCCGGUCCCGCGCGCUCCCUCCGGUGGACCAAGGCGAGAGCAUCGCGCUGAUCCCCGGCAUAGACAUGGCGAACCACGACGGACUGUGCUCGCAGACGUGGCAGCUGAAUAACGGCGGGAUCGCGGCCGUUUUCGGCGGGCGCGGCGGCGCGGACGGCGGCGGCUCCGUGCUGCUCCGCGUCGAGAAGACCAAAGCCGGCGGCGCCAAACGAGGCGAAGAGAUUCGGUGCAACUACGGCCCCGCGAAUAUCGACUCGCAGUUCGCGCUGGACUACGGGUUCGUGGACGCGUUCUGCUCGAGGCCGGGGUACGUCCUCGGGCCGCUGUCGAUCCCGGAGGACGACGUCAACGCGUUCGAUAAGAUGGACGUGCUGUCCGUCGCGGGAUUGAAGGAGAGCCCGGCGUUUACGAUUCGCGCGUUUGAGGACCCGCCGCCGGAGAUGGUCGUCUUCAUGCGACUGUUAAACCUGAAGAACGACGACGCGUUCCUACUCGAGGCGAUCUUUCGCCAGGAGUGCUGGGCCCUCAUCUCCGACCCGGUGAGCCCUGACAACGAAGCCGACGCAGGGUGCGAGGAAGCAUUGGGUGCGUACGCCACGAAGAUCGAGGACGACCGCGGCGUCGCGGACGACGCCGACGCGUCCCCGCGACUGCGGCUCGCCGCGCGCGUGCGCAUGGGGGAGAAGCAGGCGCUCGAGGAGGUGCUGGGGUACUACGCGUCGGUCGAGGCGCGGCUGGAUCGGACGGAGUACUACCAGGAGCGGCGACUGCGGAGUCUCAACUUGCUCGAUCGCGACGGGAACUCGACGUACGAUCCGUUUCAGGACACGAUGGCGUGA